AUGUGUACAAAAAUAUUUUUAAAUUCCCAAUACAUCAUUUCUACAUUUCAGGUAAAAAUCUUCACUGUCCUGCUCUUCAUUUGCCUCAUAGACUCGCUGCAUUCAGCCUCAUACGGGCGAAUAAAGCGUAGUGAAAACUCGGAAGAAGAACAUGAAACAAUAAAAUUGUCAGAGGAAGAAAAGGAGGUAGUACCCCCUAAGACCAAAGAACCAGAAGCAUCUGUCGGUAAUGAUUCAAAACCAUCACCCUUCGAUUUUAAUGUCCUCCUCCAAAAUUUAGGUCAAAUUGUCAACAAGAAUAAUGACUGGUCGAAGGAGUUUAAUACUUGGUUUGGUAGAGGCAAGUAG